ACUUUCUCUUUUCUCACUCAAAAACGAUAAUUAAGUUAAUUAAUCUUCUUACAAGAUCAUGAUGAUCAUCAUCAGAAUUGGAAUGAUAUUAAAUAGAAACUCAUUUCAAGUAUAAACAUUGACCAGUUCAGGUUAACUUUUUUAUUUUUGUUUCUCCUCAAAUUGUAACAUCAACAAUCAACAUCGAAUUAGUAUAAUUUGAUUAAGCCGAUUGUAUCAAUUUCUCACCUUAAUUGUUACGACUAUUUAGCUAAUCAUGGUUUCAAAUACAUUAAAAUUUUUUAUUUUCUUGACCAUUGGAUUUAUAUUGAUAACCGUUAAUCCUUGUGAUGGUCAACGACGAGCACGAAAAUUACCUGAGUGCCAUUGGCAAGGGAUGGACGAUUGUAUCAAACCUUUGUUUUACUUUAGCCAUCGGCCCAAUACAACCGGACUUGCCCUUAAUCGUAGGGAACAUGCAUUACUUUGCAGAACAAUUAAAAAUGUAACUGAUUGUGUUCAAACCUUUUUCACCCAAUGUGGAACCGCUUUGUCACAGGAAAUGUUUGUUCUGGUCAAUGAGGUUUAUGUUAAUAAUGUCAAACCAUUUUGUCGUAAUGGAGACACAAAGAACAAUUACCUGGAACAUGCAAGGUGCAUAAAUGAUGUCCAAUUGGCUCAACCCUUUAAACGCAAAUGUGUCGCUAAAUUUCAGUCCACAUUAGAGUCAAUGGAAGAGCAAGUUGAUUACUCAAAUCGAGUUGGAUUAGCCUGUUGUGGUUAUCGAACUUGGAUCGAAUGUUCUAAAGAUAUGGUCAAAGAACAGUGUCAACCAGGUGAAAAUGCUUCUCAAGCUUUUCUCGACUAUUUCAAUGCUUUCACCGGAGGUGUACCUCAAUAUGUUUGUCAACCAAAGAAAUACGAUCCCGAGUCCAAAUUUUGUCGAAAAGUUUUACCUUCAGUUAAGCGUCGACCCAAAGGUCGUAAUAGCGACAACGUUUUCUCAAAAUAUUUUUCCCUCUUCUAUCCAAAUAUUGGCUUCUAAUUGAUUGAUAAUCUUAGAAAUCUAAUCAAACUUAACCAAUUUUAAUAAAUUCUUAUAUUAAUUGUUGUUCAAAGACAAUUUGAAUCUCAAUUUUUUCCCUCGUGUCUUUGUUAUCAUUAAAUUACUUUUACUUCAAA